AUGUUGACAUUUCUCAAGAACAAAAAAAAAUUAAAAGAAAAACAACGAAAUCAACUUCCAAAUAGAAAAAUAAAUAAAAUAGAAAAAAAAAAUAUAAUUAAAUCAACUCCUUCCAAUUAUGAAAGCCGAUUACAACGAAGAAAUAUCACGAUCCUGGACCGAUGACUUACCAAAAUGUAAAAACACUGGCGCUGGAACAGCUAAACGAACACCUCAAUGGGGUGGUGGUAGUGGCAUGUCCACCCAAGAACCAGGACACAUUUCCUCUCGCACUAGAAGAAUAUCCGAUUGUAGUUUUUAUUGCGAGGUAAACGAAAACACAAGUCUCUAUGCCAUAUUCUCUGGCCACAAAGGACAAAAAGUUGCCAAAAUGGCAAUGCAACGUUUAGCUGCCGAAAUCAUACUCGGCCAAUUAAUUGACAAACGAACUGACGAAGAAGUUCAUGAAGUUUUGCGACAGGCUUUUCAAACUGUUGAAAAAUCAUACCAAGAAUCGAUUGACAAUCUUUUAGCUAAAUAUGCUGUUUUGCGUUGUCAAAUAGCUGAGAAUGUUGGAAUCUAUGAUGAAAUUGUAAGAAAUUUAGAAUCCAUCGAACAAGAGUUGGCAAUUGGAGCUAGUGCUGCAAUUUGUUUGAUUUAUAACUCUCGUUUGUUUAUUUGUAAUGUGGGCACUUGUAGGGUGCUCCUUUGUCGAACUGACAACAAUCACACUUCUCGAGCUAUUCAAUUUUCAGUUGAUCAUAAUUUGCUCAAUGAAGAUGAAAUUCUUCGACUCACUCAACUCGGAGUCGAUGUUUCACAAUUGAAACGAUUUGAUAUGUUUAAUACUAGAUCAAUUGGGUACUAUCUCGGGAAGGGAGGUUAUAAAGAUUGUCACUAUUUAGCAAAUGCUAGUGCUGAACCAAUCAUUGCUCAGCCAGAAAUUGUUGGUGGAAUAACAAUUGAUCCAUCAUUUCAAUUUUUGUUGCUAAUGUCGAGUGGAACUUGUAAAUAUUUGCAAGAAAUCUACUCCGGUGACACUACACAAGAAAAUCGACAAAUUGUACAAAUGUGUGCUAAAGAAUUGCAAUCGAAUCAUGAAGAUCUCACAGAUGUGGCUCAAGCUGUUGUAAAUAAUAUUGUUCAAAAGCAUAGAGAAACUUGUGAGAAUGGAGGAAGACGAUCUAACGACGAUUUAACAAUUCUCCUAAGAAAUUUCAAUACAAAACGCAGUAAUCGUGUCAUGUUUAAUUCUUUAGUUCAAGAGAUACGUAAUGACUUGACUAAUUGUAGUGCAGAUGAUAGCAGUUCGAUGUAUGAUACAUCGGUAAUGGGAACAAAUAUGACUGAAACAGGAUCUAUAACAUCGCAGACGAGUUCUUCGAGUCAUUUUGGAGAUAUUCAAAAAGUAACUCCUUAUGUGGAUUUUUCACAGUAUUAUGAGAAUGUUAGAGCUGCCAGACAGAAGGGGACACUGCCGGAGGGGAUUAAUUUUGAUUGAUUUUUGAUUAAGAUUUUUUGUUGUAAUAAAUUGUUUAUUGUUGUUGGAUUUA